ACUAUUCCAUAGAACAGCAUUAUUGACACAUCGACUGAAUUCUACUAAAUUUCAUUUUCGCGUGUAGAAUGACUGAAGCUGGUUGAUAAGAUAAUCAUUUCCGGCAUUGCCGGAAAGGGACAGUAGGGACAGAGAGAUAGUUUGCGGUCGGGGAUUUUUCCUUUUUCUUCAUCGCGGAAACACGCCGGAAUUGUGCGAUGAGCGAGGGAGAACCGCGAGAGAUUAAUAGAAGCUAAAUAUAUAACGGUGUUUUAUAAACACGUGUGGGUAUCCUGAGAUACACAGAGUCGGAAUAGUCGACUAAGUGCUCAGUAUUAGCGAGCAAGAGCGAGCAAGAGCGAUGGGUGCACGUUAAGAAAUUAUCUAUUCUAGAAGAUUUAGUGACGAUUUAGUGACGAUGUUUAUCAUCAUUAAUUACAAUCUUGGUAAUGUUAGCGCUUGGUUGUCAAAUCAUCGCCGUAUUUUUUUAACAAGUUAUCAUUGUGCAUGGAGUUACGUGUAGCUGUUAUCAGUGCGUAGACCCACAAGCCUCAAGCUGAUCAGGAGAUGAAAUUUUGCACGAAUUCUUUUUGCGAUUAUACUGCCAGUAGUUUUAUUUGACUUGGGUAAUUUGUUUAAGAGUCCAAAAGAGGACAUGACCAUGUCGAUUCUCAGUAAGAGGAACUUUUUCGCAAGAUUCUCCGGCAGUCAUCUAACGCGAGAAGCGCCGAGGAUCGAAACUACCAACAAUGGAAUGCCGUCCGUUGUAAGAAAUAAGGAAGAGCGCGAGGACAUGUGGAUGAACGAGAUAGAUGGUAACAGCAUCUCUUCCGAGGAUAGCUCGGAUUCUGUCAUCUGUCACAUGCAAGUAGCGCCGAUGACGCAGGAGCAACCCUGGAGUAGGGAAGAAGUCGAAGGGGCGUUAUUAAAUCUCCCAGGGGGCGAAGCCGCUUUUUCUCUUAUCUCUUCUCUUCAGGGCGAUGCUCUGCAAAAGACUCUGGAGGAAUUCCAAUCCUUGACUCUCAACGAAAUUGCGGAUUGCAGGCAUCGUAAGAUUUCGUUGCCUACUUUCGCGAACGGAUUUAUGCGAAAAGCUCUACUAGACAGUGAAAACGGAGCAGCGGCUGCCGCGAGUCCGGGUCAAUUACUCGCAGGAUGGCCAGAAACGUGUCUGCUGAUUUCUAGCUGGUUGGGUCACGUAGAAGUUGUGAAAGCUUUACUGGACAAAGGCAUACCAGUUUCCACGAGAGACAUCGAUGGAAGGACACCGUUACAUCUGGCAGCUUGUGCUGCAUGUGUGAAGCUGGUGGAGGAGUUGCUGAAACAUGGUGCUAAUCCACGUGAGUGGGACCUGGGAAAGAAAUGCACCCCGUUGCAUUGCGCCGCGGCGGUGGGUUGCGUCGCUACCGUCAAAUGUCUAAUCAAGUCGGGCGCGGACGUGGAUGCCGGAUUGUCUGGCAGGAGUCCGCUUCAUUACGCCGUGUUAAACAAUGCCGAGGAUUGCGUGGAAAUUCUACUGCAAGCAGGUGCUUGUCCCAAUAAUCCACAGGUUUACACAGAGACACCUCUACACGUAGCGGCUAGUUUAGGCAACGUGCGUAGCACCAAGUUGCUAUUGAGUCACGGAGCUGAUGUGAGAGUGCAACUGGGAGUCGCGAGAUCGACACCGUUGCAUCUGGCAGCAGAGGAAGGCAGUGCGGAGUGCACUAAAUUGUUGUUAAAUGCUGGUGCGACUUGGGAUGCAAAGAACUCGCGUGGUCAGACAGCGAUGCAUCUGGCAGCGCUUGCUCAAUCCGUAGAAACGUUAGAUGCAUUAAUAAACGCCGGUGCUAAGGUGAACGCAGAGGAUGACGAUGGACGAACGCCUCUGCAUGCUGCAGUCGCGAAGGCCUUGAGAAGCAGCGAACUAGUGAAGACUUUAAUACAGGCAGGUGCGUCAGUCAACAAGGCGGACAAGUUUGGUUAUACGCCGUUACAUAUUGCGGCUCUGAACGAGAGCUCCCCAACAGUGAUGAUGCUGCUGUCGAAGGGGGCCGACGUGACGGCGCGCACCAAGGGUGGCAUUACCGCUCUCAGCUUUAUCAUACGUCGUACUCCAGACGUAUUACCGCGUUUCGUAGCGCGUUUCGAUCAGGCGAUCUCGCUGCACGAUCACGAGCUUGGCGAUGUAGACUGCGAACUGCGACUGGAUUUUCGGCCAUUGGUAACGGGCGGUCGCGGCGAAACGGAUUUGAUACUCUGCCUAGUGGAAGUCGGUCAAGGCCACGUGCUAAAACAUCCGUUGUGCGAAAGCUUUCUCUAUCUCAAAUGGCUCCGUAUCCGCAAGUUUUUUCUGCUCAGUCUGAUGUUUCAUUCAAUUUUUGUUGCUCUCUUCACGGGCUACGUCGGAGCGACAUUUCUAUGGCGCAUGGAACAACUCAGCAGCAUUCUUCUCUGGCCAGUGCUGGGUUUCACCUGCAUGCUUGCAUCCAAGGAAAUCUUCCAAAUCGCCCACGGUAUCUGCUCCUACGCCAGACGCUGGGAAAACUGGUUGCAGUGGAGCGUAAUCCUAGCAUCUGGCAUCAUUCUGAUUCCGUCGGCAAGAACUUGGCAACAUCAUGUCGCCGCCCUGGGUAUCCUGCUCGCUUGGAUCGAAUUAAUGAUAGUAGUCGGUCGCUUUCCAAUGUUUGGCAUCUAUGUACAGAUGUUCACCCAGGUGUCUAUCAACUUCUUCAAGUUUCUCGCGGCCUACGUUUGCCUCAUAAUUGGUUUCUCCCUCGGCUUCAGCGUACUGCACAAGAAUUACAAGUCCUUCGCCAAUCCGCUAGUCAGUCUACUCAAGACAGUGAUCAUGAUGUCGGGGGAACUCGAGUUCGAAGAUAUCUUCUUUGAUGAAGCAGCGCCAGUGAAGUAUCCAGGUACGGCUCACCUGAUGCUUCUCAGUUUCGUCAUUUUGGUGACGGUGAUCCUAACGAAUCUGAUGGUUGGUCUGGCCGUGUCGGAUAUCCAGGAGCUUCGCAGAUGCGCCGGCCUCGAUCGACUGGUGCGUCGUGCCGAGUUGGUGGCUCAUCUCGAGAACAUGCUAUUUUCCAAACUUCUGGACUGCGCUCCGGCAUGUAGAAUAAUACGUGCGUGCAGGCGAGGUGCUCUGCUAUUACACCCACCAUAUCACUGCGCACUGCACAUUCGGCCGAAUGAUCCACGCGAAAGACGUCUACCGCGAGAUCUCAUCCGGGCGAUUUAUCGUCUAGUCAGCGAGAGGAAAACACGACGAGUGACGUUUAGAGGUGGUGCACCAUCUGCGAACGCCACCACAGCGGAGUCAAGUCAUACGAGGCUCAGCAGGAUGUACAGCAACGAGAGUAACCAGCAGUUAAAUGAACUGGCAGCUGAGUUAAAAAGAUGCUCGUACAAUGUCAGCACGAGACUGGAUAGUUUGAUCGACAAAGUGGAAAGUAUCGCCAAAGAUUUAGACACAUCGAUGCAUUUACAUUGAUAUUAUCUAACUACAGUCUCUAACAUUGAACAUUUCAAAAAUAAAUAAACUGUAAAAAGUAACAAUCAAAGAAAGAAUGCAAACAUAAGAGCAUAAGAGCAUAAGUCACGGCCUAACAAUAACAAUUCAACAGAUACAAAUAUAACCACGUAAUUUUCAAUUAAGACAAUUUGUAUAUCCGCUUUGCAGAUUAGAUAAAAUAUAAUGCAUUUUUUUGUAUU